CGACCAACACGGCAAGCGUGUCGCUCGUGCCAAAGCAUCGCCGGAGCAGUUGCUUGGACACUCGCACCCCGUCCCUUUGGUAUCCCACCGAAGAAAACGAAAACGAAAACAAAUACAAACCGGGUCCUUUUUGUUCGGCACCGACAGCCACUACCAUGAUCACCGUGCUCGGCAACGACGGCGGCGACGACGACCACGACACGAACGGCCGCGGCGAGCCCGCCGCCCUUUCGGGGGCCUCCCUCCCGCUCGCCGCCGCGGCUGCGCGACGGGGUGCCGGCAGGCCCCUUCCGCCCGACAACUCGGAGCUGAUGGACCGGCUGAAGAGCUUUCUGCCCGCGAUGGCCUCCGCAAACAAGGAGCUUCUGGCGCCGGCGCCGGGGGGGACCGGUCGACCGGGGUCCUUCGGUGGGACGGCGGUCCGGCUGGACGACGGCCUGGCGCUGGACGACGAGAGCGGCGGCGACAGCGACGACGAGGAAACGGACCGUCCCACCGGCCCGCUGRUCCGGGAGGUAGACCCGCACGGGCCGGGCUUGGCUGCGGCCCCGGGCGGCGGCGACGUCCCUCCCGCCCCGGUGGCCGGCGGUUCCGGUGGCGCUGCCAAAGGCCCGACCAUCGAGCUGCGGUUCGGCCUCGGGGACCUGUCGGGAAACCCCCUGGCGGAGCUCCUGGACGGCGGGGAACGCGGGGACGACGACGCGGGCAAAAACGGCGGCGACGGCGACAAAGCGGGGGAGCCGGCCGCCCGGCUGCGGUCCGUGGAGGCCCUGCUCGGGGGCGAUCGACCGGACGGGAAAAAGGCGCGGGCCGCGGGACCCCUGAUCACGGAGCUCUCCUGAUGCCGGGAUGGCCGAACAGGGCAAAGCGCGCAGCCCGGGUUCCGACCCCCGUGCGUCGCACGAGGGAUCGAGCGAAUUCCCGGGCUCGUGCCAUACGGACGGCCAUCGGUGGUGGUGUUGCGCUUGUGACACGAGACCAGACCGCCGCCGRCGGAAAACUGGUUUCGGACCGCGGGACGAUCCUACAAAAUACACUCAACCGAUUWAA